AUGCUGCCUCCGAAGAACUGCCUCCCGAGGAACUACAGCUGCAUCGCGGGGCUCUUCGGAAGCCUGACCGCGGCCAACCCGAGGCUGGAGGAUGGAGAAGAGUAUGAUGUGAUGAACGGCUCGUGUGAACCCAUGGAGAACCCGGUGGUGGACGAGAGGCCACGGGGCAGGGAGAUUUUUCUCAAGACCCCGCAGAGCCCGAACCUCCGCCGUAGGUGCAAAUCGCUCCCUACGCCUCUGGAGAGAGCAAAGUUGGAGAUCGCACGCAGUAGAAGUCCGACCAGUCAGAAAAAGGUGCGCUUUGCUGACUCCCUGGGUUUGGAGCUCAUAUCUGUGAAGCACUUCGACGAUGCGGACGACCCGGAGGUGCCGGAGCGCAUUUUGGCGAAGCUGCCCAAAGCGACGCUCCAUCACCUGGACACAAAGUUCCCCCGGGCUCCUACGCAGUCCGUGUUCAUGGAGCUGCAGUUCACAAACCCAGGCACGCUACCCGACUUCGAGCAGAAAGUCAGAGAGGUGAAGGUGCUGCUGGAGACGGUGCAAACGGACGACUUCACCCUCUCCGGCUUUGUGCGCGUCUUGAAUCUGGCCUUUGAGAAGAGCGUCUCUUUGCGCUAUUCCCUAAACAACUGGAUAACCUUCAUGGACAGCUUGGGCACCUAUGUUCCAGACUCGAGCGACGGUGUCACUGACAAGUUCAGCUUUAAGAUUGUCAUGCCCGCCUACUUAGAUAACGGUGGCACCUUGCAGUUCGCCAUUAAAUACUGUGUCGGCGGGCAUGAAUUCUGGGACAAUAACAACGGGAACAACUACAAGGUGCGUCGCCAUCGGCUAAAGAUGUCGCCACCUCGGGAGUGGGAAAAUGGUUGGAUCCACUUUAUUUGAGUGAUGGGCUCUGAUUUUACGCUCUCGAUUAGUGCGUUAUCUGCGCGUAAUGCUCUCCGGAUACACCUUAAUGUAGGACUGUAGCCUGUAAAAUGUUUGGAUUCAUUUCUUCUGUCAUAAUCAGCCACUAAUAUGCUGUGACAGUAAAUAUUGACCCAUGCUAUUUCCAAACAGCUGCCCUGUUGCGAUAAUAUUACACUGACUGGAUGAGCCUGACAGGGUCCCAGCAGGAGGGGCGGGGAUGCGGUCUGAUAUAUAAUUUUAUUUAUUUAUUUAAUUUUUUUUGCCUUGAUGUCAGGGCUCGGUGAAG